GAUUGUAUCCAUGCCACACAGGAAUAACCUGAAGUACCAUAUUUCUAGGGAUUUCUGGGUUUCCUGGAAUGAGCUGGUUCAGUCUACAGCACAUGAUUUACAAGUUGAGCUCCCGCUGUGUGCCAAUGAGAUUCCCUUUCUGUAUAAAUAGUCAGAGGCUCAUGCCAGUAUCCAUCAGCAGGGUGAUUCUGGGAGAUUAAAGGAGAUGAACAGUGCCUUUCUGGGGUAAGCAACAUGAACUUCAGAUGGAUAGAUUGUCAUGUAACCUUUGCCCACCGUGAUAAUCACUCAGUCGUGAGCUUUUGAGGCAACACACACACAGAGACAGACGGACAGAAGGACAGAUGGACGGACAGACAGAAGGACACACACAUACAAUUAAACGUGGCGGGUCACAUCACAAUCGCAAGAAAUCAGCACCUAUUGGACACAGUGACAAUCCCCCUUGGAAAAGCCUGAAACAUGGCACACAUCCAGAAGAAGACCAGUAGCAUGUCCCUUACCAUCUCCAGCUCCUCCAGAGCAAUCUCUUCCUCCUCCUCUUCCUCUUCCUCCACCUUGGUCCAGCAGCAGAGACACUCCAGCCUGGUGCAGCCCCUCUGCAUCAGCCCCCAGAGGACACAGAGCCCAUCAUAUUCCCAACAGCAUUCAGGGAGUGGUGGAGUGACUCCUACUUUUGUCAAGUGUCUCCACGACGUCAGCACGGUCAAGGGUCAGUUGGUGGUUCUAGAGUGCCGUAUUCGUGGAACGCCACCACUGCAGGUUCUGUGGUAUCGCGAGGAAGAGCAGAUAGUGGACUCUGCUGACUUCCGCAUCCUCCGAAAGAAGGCUACUUCUGCAUCAGUGCCAGAGGAGCUGUGUACCCUUGUCAUCACCGAGGCCUUCCCAGAGGAUUCUGGGGUGUUCAAAUGUAUAGCUGGGAAUCAGUUCGGAACAGUAUCAUGCAUCGCCACACUGGAGGUGUACAUUGACCUGGAAGAGCAAAUGGAGAAUGAGCAACCCAUGGAUGAGCAGCCCUUAGAGUCUACCAGGCUGGAACAUGAGGAAGUCCCCUCUUUACUACAAGACGUAGCAGCGAUUCCCCCUCCAGAGUGGCCCGAGAGCCCCGUCUGUGAGAUUGACCGCCCCUUGGAAGAACAGUCUCUAGAGCCUGAGCUGCAGCCACCUAGUAAAACCCUAGAGGAGCCGUUCAGUCCAUGUGAAAAGAGUAUCCACUGCUCAGAGGGACAGAGGUUACCUGAAGCCCGCACGCCCACCCCACCCCCGCCAGCAUUAAAAAUAAAAACGACCCCCAAACUGUUCACUCCCAGCAAGCCCAGCUUCCAGAGCUCAGGAGACUCUGGAGGCAGCAGUAUGAGCAGCAGUGUGGCUGACCUUCCCACCUUCACCCCCAGCCUCUUUGCCCCCAGUGCCUUCAACUAUGCACGGCCACGCCAGUUUAUCCAGUCCCAGCCGGCCUUCCAGGUUCCCAGCUAUGAUGUAGCCCAGGCUCUGCCUCAGUCCAAUGGGAACAGCAGCAAGGCCUCUCCCUCCUCCUCCAAUCUGAGCUCCCCCAUUUCCACUCCUGCAUUCUCACAGCCGCCGGUGUUUCCCCAUGACCCUCCUCCUCCCGCUGCCCAGCCCGUGUCCCCCUCCCGCGCCCCCAUGCGCUCCACUAUCACACUCACCCCGAGGGUCCCCAGUGCUAACACCAGUGUCAGUGUCCCAGCCCCAUCUGAGCCCAAGUCCCCGUCAUCUUCAGCUGCCUUCCUCUGCUCUGUCCUGCCCUCUCAGUCCACCCCACAGUACAAGCCUGCACCCAUGUCCAUUCCCCAGCCUCCAUCACCAGCUCGCUCCUCACACUCCCCCAACCCUCCCAGCCCCCUGCCCAAGCCCCGCUUUGAUGCCCCCCUGCACAUGGCUCUCCCUACUGACAGCCUGCCUAUGAGUCUGUCUCCCCACUCCCAAACUCCCACCACCGUUUCCAUGCCACAGCCCUCCUUUCCUCCUCCCUCAUGCGUGUCUCUGCCUCCUAGCUACAGAGGGACCCCAAACAUCCUUCCCAAGCUCAUUGUGAAGAAGGCUCCUGCCCCUCAGCCAGUGUCCCACAACUCGGAUGAGCAGAUCCAGGGCUCCAAGGACGCCCUGAUCCAAGAUCUGGAGAAGAAGCUACGCACCAAAGAAGCCCGCAGGAGAAACAGCCAGAAGUUGUCCUAUGAGGAGCGCAUGGCUCGACGGUUGCUGGGUCCAGAUAACGCUGCCUCUGUCUUUGACUUUGAGAAUUCCUCCGACUCACAACUCGACCAGCCAGAAUCACCAGAGGGACGUAACACUGGAGGAAUAUGGGGAAAACACCAUUCUGGUACUGAUGGCAAUGAGGGCUCGGCCAUCCAGGAGAAGUGCUAUGCUCCACGUUUCAUCCAGGUCCCCAAGGACAUUACAGUGGAGGAGGGCAGGUUCUGCAGGAUCGACUUCAAGGUGGGAGGUCUGCCCACCCCAGAUGUGGCCUGGUAUCUCGACGGGAAGGCCAUCCGCCCCGACGACUACCACAAGAUGCUGGUGUGUGAGAAGGGCAUGCACUCCUUCAUCAUUGAGAUUGUGACUGUGCAUCAUGCCGGUGUCUACGAGUGUAUUGCCAGAAACCGCGCUGGGGAGAACCGCUUCUACAUAAAACUGGAGGUUAUCGCCCAGGAGAUGCUUCGCCCGCCCACCUUUGUCCAGAAGAUGCUGAACUCUCGUGCCCUGGAGGGGGACACGGUGAGGUUAGAGUGUAAGGUGGCUGCCUCCCCUCCACCAAAACUCUUCUGGAAGAAGGACAAAGACAUGCUGCGCAUUGACCCUACCAGGAUGAGCCUGUACCAGGAUGGCACUGGAAGUCAGUGCCUGCUCAUUGAGAGGCUGGUCAAAUCUGAUGCAGGCUGGUACACCCUGUCUGCCAUCAACGAGGCCGGCAUGUCCACCUGCAAUGCCAGACUGGACGUAGGAACUCGCACCAACAAGCCUGCCCCCCCUACAGGCAAGCAUUUUAAAAUCCCCCUCAGCCAUCUCCCCGUCCUGACUCCAGACCCCACCCCCCAGCACACGGCCCCCUGUACGAGAGCGAGGAGCUCUAGACAAAAGUACACCAGGAGUGUAAUAAUUGUGGAUGUGUGUUGUGCUCCUUAUCAUACCUGCCUGUGUCCUACCACUGAGGCUGUCUUGUUGUUUGUGUCUUGGGGAGGAAACCAAUUGAGGUUUAGAGGAAGCGGGUAGAUGGACUCACAUUUUGCCCACACUGCCUCAGUCUCAAUCCAGGACACCUCAAAAGACCCCGCAUUUGUCAAAUGCACUUUAGUUUGAGCCCUUCUGGUUUUGUGUCAAGGGCAUGCUGGUCAGAUGCGGGUUUCCCAACCGCAUAUCCUCUUAGUGUGGUGUAGCCUUCCUGGCCGGUGCACUUGACUUGGCACAGACCUUUGUCAAAUGCUGUUCUGUGGUUUGCUGUUCUAGUGGAUAGAGGAUUAAUCAUGUAUCGUCUCCAGACAUGUAGCUAUCUUUCGAAGUUCCUUCACAAAAGCAUCGUUUUUAUGACGGCUGCUACAAGUGAGAAUGUGUGUAGGUGAUAUUUCUGUUUUUUAAAGGUCAAAUGGUUUUAUUAUAUAAGCUAUUUAUUGGACAAUUGCUUCUAAAUGUAAAUGGUUGCCGUAACACCCAAAUUUACCACAACCUCAAGGUCUGAUCCUGACCAUAGAAAAACAUUUUGAAUAAGUGUUAUGUACCGUGUAUGAUGUGAAAUUGAAUGUAUGUGUAAUAAAGUUUUCAUGACUUUA